UAAUUUUAACUUGCACCAAUUUUUUUUUCCCAAUCAUAUAGGUUAUGUCAAAGCAGCUUGCUAGCCGGCCAUAUUUGGUCCAUGGGCAUCAGCCUACCCCAGCCUCAAAGCUGGUUCAAGCCCCACCUCCCACCUAGCCACACUCACAUAUUUUAUCCCCAGGCUCCCAAAUGACCUUCCUGUGACCCUCAAUGGCCUCUCCAGCUCUCUCUCACAUACCCCAUCUGUCCUUGGGGACCCUCCUUUCCUGCUGCAGAACUGUUGUUUUUCUAAGCAGGGAUUUGAAUAGCUCCAUUCGCCUUGGCAGGGGGAACUCAGAGAAAGGAAUUUCAUUUGGAGUCCUAAAGAAGCCAGGACUCAGGACUUUGAUUUGCCCCCUCUCCUCCCAUUCCAGGGGUCCCUGGUCACUCCCCUGCUCACACCCUGCUAGACCCAACAGUCUUUGUCUCUGGCAAUCUCUGCUACUACACCUGCAUCUCAGCACCAGGCUGCACCAGCACGGACCCCAGAGCCAUGCUCCUGGCCUGUUGCCUACUCAUCAGUGUCAGGUAUGAACAUCUCUUUCCAUCUUGGCAAAUCUUUUUGCUUCCUGGACAUCCUGAGAUCCCUUGUAUCUGAUUUUCCCAGGAGUGCACUGUUGACAUCAUGGGAAGGGUGAGGAGCCCUGGAACCCACUUCUGAGUUCCAAGCUCAGCACCUUCACUCACUGUGAGGUGCUGCUAGCCAGGUCCCAUUACCUCUCUGAGGUCAGUUUCUAUCUAUACUUGUCAAGGAUGGGCUGGCUGCUUUUUGAAGCCUUUCUAAACCUAACAGGCCUCUUUGAUCUGAAACUCAGAUGUUCUCAUUUUAAUUCUUGCAAAAAUCUGUCCCUCAUUCGGUGGAUCAGAGAGUGUGGGAUUCUGGAAACUGAUAGAACAAAUACUUGAUCUUUUGCUCACUGGAAGAUUUAACAAGACAAGUCUCUAAGACUCCAUGUAUUUAAAAAUAAAAUGGGGAGAUUAUAAUUUCAAAAUUAUAGGGUCACUCUGAUUAAAUGAUAUAUUCAUAUAUGUUUAGUCUAGAGCUAGUGCAUAUGCUCUAAAUAAGUGGUAGCAAUGUUAUUUUAAUUUUAAAAACCCAUCACACUAAAUUAUGUAAUCCCUAGAGUCUGUGUGUCCCCUCUUAGGUUCUUUAAGCAUCUACAAUUUUGCUUAUAAAGAACAAUAGUUUUAAGGUUCCAUCAGGGGCAAGGCCUGAGGAUUUGUAGCCUAGAACUUGAUAGUAGAUUAGAUUCCUAGAAGAGGUCAAGGCCUCAGAGAGAUAUCUCCUCCAUCUCUCAGCUUCCAGCCAUCCAAGGAAGAGGCGGGGGUUGUGUUUGGACUAGGAUUUAGAGAGAUGUUGUUAACCCAAUUUCCUCCUGUAGAUACUGUGUGGUCAUUGGCAAUAUUUCUACCUUGUGCUCUCAGAUGAUCCUUAAGGGGCUUCACGUGGAAGGGAAGAGGCAGGUACCUGCGGGGCUUCGUCCCAGUUGAAGAGUAAAGAGCCGCUGGCACGCCGGUCAGAGUUUUUUAGAACUUCAGCUAUCAAAAUGGGCAGAAUUUUCCUUGACCAUAUUGGUGGUACCCGUCUGUUUUCUUGUGCACACUGUGACACGAUCCUGACUAACAGCUCAGAACUCAUCUCCACUCGGUUCUCAGGUGCCACCGGUAGAGCAUUUCUUUUUAACAAGGUAGUUAACCUACAGUACAGUGAAGUUCAAGAUCCAGUCAUGCUCACUGGCCGCCACAUAGUUCAAGAUGUGAGCUGCAGGGAUGUGAGCUGCAAAAACUGCAAUAGCAAACUGGGAUGGAUCUAUGAGUUUGCUACUGAAGACAGCCAGCCUUAUAAGGAAGGCCAUGUGAUCCUGGAAUGUGCUCUAGUUCGAGAGUGUGAGGGCUUUGAGGAGCACGUACCAUCUGAUAACUCUUGAAGAAAAAGAGAUAAAUCCGUCUUUUUCCAGGUCUCCUUCACUGAAAACAAAAAUCUGCUUACAUACACUGUCACCUUAGCAUCAGAGUUGGAUUCAUGAACUGUGGAACAAGAGGUUGUGAGAAUCUAAGAUGGAACCUUUCUUUUCUUUUCUUUUUUAAAUUUUGUAUUUUCCAUCCAACAGCAGUGUGUAGAGAGAAUAUUAUGCAGUUGCUGUUUUUUUUUGUGUGUGUUUACAUUUUCAGGCAGAAGAGUCUCUGCUGCUAAAUGGUGGGCUAUGAGAGGAAAAAAAUCUGGGCUAUUAAGAGUGAAAAAAGUGUGUUUURUGUAAAUUUUGAAUGGUGAAUAUGCCAAGAGCAUGGUUUUUAAACUUAUUUGGGCUUCAUUUUAAAGUCUUUUCUUAAAAAAACAAACAAACAACAACAACAACAAAAAAAAAACAGUUAUUUCACUUGAUUUGCUAGCUUCAGAGAAAAGAUCCGAAUCUGUGCCCAGCACUAAAGGCUCAGUGUUAGCAUGGCUUGUGCUGGCCCGUGUGGUGUGCCAUAUUCUUGUUGGAGAUGAACUGUAGCACCAGAGCCCAUUCUUCCUUGUCAAUCUUGACCCAAAGAUGUCACUAUUCCUAGUUACUUGUCACCACAUAACUGGUAGUUUAUGAUUGGAACCUUUUUCUGAAAUGGGACAGAAUUCUUGGUUG